UUACUAAUAAACCCUAUACAACUUAGGAAAUACCGAAGUGUGUAUAUUCAUCAUCUUUAACCAUGGCACAAGUGAGUUCUGGGACUCAAAGCUCUGUAGUACAGUCCAACGAAAUGGCUGAAACUGUGCCAAAUCAAAAGCCUCUGCCAAACAUUCCUCAAAAUGAAGCUGAAAAAGGAGGCCAACAAAAUAUUCAGGAGGAAAACAUGCACAAGAAUCGCCUGCAAGAGUUUACCCAACGAUCAUCUCUAGAUCGUCCUGUUUAUCACACUUCCAAUUUAGGCACUCAGCAUGCACCCCUCUUUAGAUCCAGUGUUUUGGUUGAUGGGUUUUGGUAUACCUCUCCUGGCGCAUAUUCACAUCUAAAGGCUGCAGAGCAGGAAGCUGCGAAAGUUGCCUUGAUUAGCGCGAAAGAGAAGGAGAAAGAGAAGAUGAAACAUAACGGAUGCCCUCUUGUUCGUGAGGAUACUGUGUUUUGCAAGUCUAUCAUGAAUGAGUAUGCUGUUAAAAUGAACCUGGAGAAACCUACUUAUCAGACAGUUCAAUCUGUGGCGAUGCUUCCUGUAUUCAAGUCUACAGCAGUCUUCAAUGGUGCUCAUUAUACAGGAGAAACUGGGAAAAACAAGAAAGAAGCUGAACAGCUGGCAGCUCGAGCAGCGGUUUUGUCUAUCUUAGAGACUGAUUCUGAAACUGUGAUGUUGGAGAUCAUCAAGUCUAAGCGCAAGCUUUAUGCUGUACUAGGUAAAGUUCAGGAUACAGGUGAUGUUAAUGCUGGCGUCAUGCCAACGGAACUUGUUCGUCCAGUUCAUGUGGAUAAAAGGAAAGAAGCUGAAAUUAUUGAACGUUCUGGGGAAAGGACUAAUACUGGUCUUUUAGCAUAUAGUUUGGGACAACCCAGUGAUGUUCAGGCACCAAAUCAGCUUCAUGUAUUUAAAAAACCAAAAUCAGGAUCUUCACCAGUGGAAGUGGCCCCUCCCUUAGUAUUUGUGGCCCCUGUCCUGGAUCCAUCUUUGGUUUGCUCGACUUCCAGAAAGAAACGGCGAAACAAGAAGAAAGCAAAGAAAGAUGUGCAAGCUGACCCUCAGGUGCCUGGUGGUAUGUUGCCAGUGGAUCAAGUUCCUUCCUGCUCGAUGGAACAGGUGCCUGGUGCUAUGUUGCCAGUGGAUCAAGUUCCUCCCUGCUCAAUGGAACAGUAAGUUUCUUAGGCGAUAAAUUUGGUCAGAGGUUUCAAGUUUUGUUGCAGUUGCAGUAAUCAAGUCCUAUUUCUGUUACCAUAACAAGGCAUGAAUGUAUGUAAACUUACAUAAGUAGUUAGUCCUUGUAGUAAGUUGGUGCGGCCAGUGUCCGACUUGUUCAAAACAUGCUACUUUUGCUGUCAUUGUGGAUAGUUUCUUUAUGGUUUGGUAAAGUACCUGUGACUUCCCAA